CACGGAUGUCGGUGAAUGACCUUUUUGCUUUUAAAACAAUGCACACUGGCUGCAUUUAAAAAUAUUUACUACCAGUAAUAAUAUAACAGUUUGACGUUGCAACAAGUUUGUUAUUUGACAAUGUUUUCCUUAAAUUGAAUUAUUAUCGCCAACAGUAGGUACAAUUUAUCUCUAAAAAUGUCAUUACCAUAUGGUCCACCGCAACCAGUUUCCCCUUUAAUCAGGGGUAUAAGGUUUGCUUUACUGUUAGCGGGGAUAAUUUAUGCUCGUGGGAAACAAGCAUUGUAUAACUCGAAAGAAGCGCAAUGGCGAGAAGAUGAAGCUAAGAGAAAAGUCAUCCGUGAUAGAGAAAAUGCAAUAUUGAAGGCGAAACUCGCUGCAGAGGAAAAAGAGAACGUCAGGCUGUUUGAAACAGGAAAAUUGUUCGAGACUGGUGAUACCGGUCAUUCCACGUCUACUGGACGACAAAAUGGGUGCCAUUAGAUUACGCACUAAUUAUUUUAUUUUGUUAUAAUAACUGUUGAUAAUUUCACAAAUACAAUUAUUUGCUUGUUUUAUUACCAA